UUUUUUGUCUGCAGUGAAUUCUGAGACAAACAAAGAAAAGAAAAUGGGUGAGAAUCCAUGGCAGCCACUUCUCCAGACCUUCGAGAAACUAUCAAAUUGCGUCCAAACUCAUCUUUCCAAUUUCAUCGGCGUUAAAAAUACUUCUCUUUCGUCAUCCGCAAUCCAAAACCCAAUCUCCUUGGAGGAUUCUUCUUCUCCACCAAUCGCGACCAACAGUUCUAGUCUUCAAAAACUCCCUUUCAAGGACAAGUCUACAGGUCCUGUGACUAAAGAGGAUCUUGGGAGAGCUACAUGGACAUUUCUGCACACUCUUGCUGCGCAGUAUCCAGAAAAACCAUCAAGGCAGCAAAAGAAGGAUGUUAAAGAACUGAUGUCAAUACUUUCUCGAAUGUACCCUUGUAGAGAAUGUGCGGAUCACUUCAAAGAAAUCCUAAGAUCAAAUCCCGCACAAGCUGGAUCUCAGGAGGAAUUCUCGCAGUGGCUUUGCCAUGUACACAACACCGUAAAUAGAAGUUUGGGGAAAUUGGUGUUCCCUUGCGAGAGAGUGGAUGCAAGAUGGGGCAAGUUAGAGUGUGAGCAGAGAAGUUGUGAUCUCCAUGGAACUUCUAUGGACUUUUAGACCCAUUUAUUAAACUACUUAUACUUGUAUGAAAUUUUACAACAGCAAAAAAGAGUAUAAACUGAUUUAUUUACAAUCCUUUUCCACGAA